CGUCCUUCAGCUCAUUCAGCACCAUGGCUGUGGAUGCUGCGGAUGCUCACUGCUGCAUCCUGCAUCCGCGCCGGCUCUCCCUCCUCUUCCUCACCAUCUCUCUCUCAUCCCUGCCCGCUCCAGUUGCUGCGCUGCUCGGCGUUCGGCCCGAAGAUACUCAGAGCGGGGAUCUGUCCGUGCAGGACGGGAUUUUGAGAGCGAAAGAGGGGACACGCUUCAUGCUGAGGGUUUACUUCUCCGAGCAUCCCAACAGCGGGAAUAUCAGCGGGAAACCUGCCGCUCCGUGGAUCGCCUUCAUAGAAGAACCGAGCGGCAUAGCUGGGGAUGCGGGGAAGGGGCUCCGGUCCGAUGAGAAACUGUGUGAGGAUGAAAGCUCCCGGAGCUCCGACAUAGAACUCAUGGGCUCCUUUAGAUCCGCUUCAAGUCACAACUCUGUUCUGGUUGAACUGCUGGUCAAAGACUUGCGCAGAGAUGAGGUGAUCAAAUAUUACUCCAUGUGCGCCUUUGAUGGAGUGAAAUGGGAGCACUUCAGGACCAAAGACUUCUGGUUGGCUGUGGUGGAGAAACCUCCGGAGCCAGAUGUUUGGCUCCAGACCGGGGUCUCUGUGCUUUUGUUAGCGCUGUCAGCCCUGUGCAGUGGGCUGAACAUCAGCAUGCUGGCUCUUGACCCAGUGGAGCUCCGGGUCUUGCAGAACAGUGGCACGGAGAAAGAGCAGAAAUACGCAGGGAAAAUAGAAUCCGUGCGUAAACAUGGGAACUACAUCCUUUGCACAGUGGUGUUGGGUAACGUCCUCACAAAUACCUGUUUUGUGGUGUGGAUGUGUCAGAUUUUAGGAAUGACUGCCUUGUCAACUGCCUCAUGCACUUUGGGGAUCUUCUUUAUCGGGGAAAUAUUACCUCACUCCGUUGCGUCCAGGCAUAGCCUCGCCAUCGCCUCCAAAACUCUGUGCGCCACCCGCUUUCUGAUGCUCGUGUUCUUUCCCAUCGCCUACCCGGUCUCCAAGAUCCUGGACAUCAUGCUGCACCAGGAGAUCAGCAGCUUUUACACUAGGGAGAAGUUGGUGGCUAUGCUGCGCGUCACCGACCCUUAUCAUGACCUGGUCAAGGAGGAGCUAAACAUCAUCCAGGGAGCCCUGGAGCUGAGGACAAAAACCGUGGAGGAUGUGCUUACCCCGCUGUCAGAUUGCUACAUGCUUUCAUCAGAUGCAGUGCUGGACUUCUGCACCAUGUCCGAUGUGAUGCAAAGCGGAUUUACCCGAAUUCCGGUCUACGAGAACGACAGGUCCAACAUCGUGGACAUUCUGUUCGUUAAAGACUUGGCGUUCGUUGAUCCGGAUGACUGUACUCCCCUUAAAACAAUCACACAGUUCUACAAGCAUCCCAUGCACUGCGUCUUCAAUGACACCAAACUGGAUGUGAUGCUGGAAGAAUUCAAGAGAGGGAAGUCUCACCUGGCUGUUGUGCAGAGGGUGAACAGUGAAGGCGAGGGGGACCCUUUCUAUGAAGUGAUGGGCAUUGUGACACUGGAGGAUGUGAUUGAAGAAAUCAUCAAGUCUGAGAUUGUGGAUGAGACAGACUUGUACACUGACAAUCGGACCAAGAGGAGGGUGUCCCACCAUGAGAGGAAGCAGCAGGACUUCUCUAUAUUCAAACUUGGUGAAAAUGAGCUAAAAGUGAAGAUCUCUCCCCAGCUUCUGCUUGCAACACAUCGCUUCUUGAGUACAGAAGUGGAGCCCUUCAGGUUGUGUCACCUUUCAGAAAAGAUCCUGCUGCGCCUCAUCAAACAUCCAAGUGUCGUGCAGGAACUCAAGUUCGACUCCAAGAACAAACAUGCUCCUCAACACUAUCUCUAUCAGAGAAACAAACCCGUUGACUACUUCAUCCUCAUUUUGCAGGGACGGGUGGAGGUGGAAAUAGGGAAGGAAGCUCUUCGGUUUGAAAAUGGAGCCUUUUCCUACUAUGGCAUGCCAGCACUCAUCCCACCUCCGCCAACUGCCCAGAGAUACAGUUCUCGGAGCAGCGGCCUGAACCAGUCAGACUCGUUACUGAAUGGGGGCAGCGUGGGUCAGCUCACAGCAGGCGGAGGGGCUUAUUUACCAGACUACUCAGUACGACAGCUCACAGACCUGCAGAUCAUCAAGAUCACCAGGAACCACUACCAGAAUGCAAUGACAGCCACGCGGAUGGACAGCACUCCUCAGACCCCAGAUACUAUGGGUCCUGACAUUAAAGGAAGACCCAAGGGCCCAGAGGCUCGCUCAAACAGCAUCGCCCUCCCGCUUAUGAGCAUGCACACUCGACUGGGGUUGGGGCGCUUAACACGCCUCCAUCCAUACGGUGGCCUUCACAGCACCUCGCAGCUCAACGAGAGAAACCGCAUUGUUCGCAGUAAAUCUGAUGGGCAGAGGAGUCCAAAUGAUACAGUUUUCCUUCGCAUGGAUGAGAUCCCCUACAUCCAUGAGGACCGACCAGAGAAUUCACCUGACGAUGAUGUGCCUACAGAGCCGUCAACCUCCCCUUUCAUCAGCUCCCUGUCUCUGUCCAGCUCAGAGGAGAACAUCGGGAAGAAGCUCCUUCGUAAACUGAGUAACAAGAGGAGAAAAAAGUCUCGAGAUGGAGAGCAGAGUUUGGAGGAGGGUUCGGAGCAACCAUCGGUAACAAGCUAGGCCAGCAACAUGAGGAAGGAAGGAUGAAUCACCCCCUUUCCUACUGGUCCUUUCCUGGAUGCUAUUUGUACUUAAACAUUCUUCAGACUUGAUCCACCUUCUCUUCAGCCACUUAUAAAUGCUCAGGACCCCAUCAACACAUUCUGCCCCCUGUUUGCCUAAAAUUUAGAACUUGGUGAGACAAAUUGUAAAAGCAUAUAUAACAACUGAAGUCUUUCACUGGGCUGCAUGAAACCCUUUCAGUUUUAUCCACAUUUACAGUGCAAGCCUUGUCCAUGAUUCCUUUUAAUGGUAGGUACCGUACAUUCCUGAUGUUGAUAGCCAUAUUUAAGUUGUCAUUUGUAGUUUAAGUAUCCUACACUGGAACAACAAAGUAUUUAAAUAUAAACAGGGUUCAUUUAUUUUUCUCUCGCUUUACGACAACUGUGCAAUAGUACUCACAUUAUGAAAAUAUUUGCACAAGGAGCUGUUCAGAUGAUACCAAAAGGGGCCUGAAAUACUGCCAGCACAGCAGAGCACACAAGGGCAGAUAGAAGGGGCCGCCAAAACGGGAGCACAAUUUUUACUUAGCUUCUUAAAAGCCAUAAAAUUGCCAAACUUAAGCCUGGCUGUAAGGAAAUGAGGUGAAAUUGAAUAUUGUUUUUAACUAAUUUUAUAUGAAAGUGUCAGAAUUAUGAAUGCGAUACAAAAAUAACAAUGUGAAGUUUUAAUCUCACAGAUUCAGAUGAACGUAACUUUCUUUUCUGAAAGUUCUUCUGUUUUUACCAUCACAAUAUUUAUGUCUACAGUAGCCGAAUGAGCAGAACUGCAAAGCUUUUAUCCAUAAAAAAAAUCAUCUUUCCACCAACUUGAACACGUUUAAUAAAACAGUCCAGUUGGUUUACCUGCAUAUAGUCUGUUUUAAGGGAGUUUUAAAUGUUCCGAUAAUUUUCAUUCAAGCUGUAGACACCAGCUAAUAAUAAGCUAAGGAUCUCAGGAUCCAAACAGAUAUUAUUGAAGAAGUAUCUGCUGCAGUGCCAUCAAAGGUAUUCACAGCCUUUGAACUUUUUAAUAGUUUACCAUGGUGCAACCACAAGCUUUCUACCUAUUCAGAUUUUAUUAAAUAGCUCAAUAAAAAAAGUGAAUAACUGUAAAAUGGAAGACUGGCUUUCAUAUACAUAUAUAUAACCAGAGGAACAUGCAUUUCCAGCUUUGCACAUGCAAAGACUUUACCCUUUCUUCAUUAAAUACCUCAAACCGUUUUAGAUGCAGUCCACUAUUCUCUACAGGUCUAGAGUUGGAGAUUCUUGCAUAUGAAGAUGUUUGAUCUGACUGUAUGCUUAGGGUCACCGUCCUGUUCGAAAGUGAACCUAAACCUCAGUGGAUCCAACCCCCAUGAAUCACUUCACUCUUCCAGAUCCAUCAUAGAUUUCUUAAUGCUGUUUCUGGUUCAGUUAUUAAUAUUCUUAAUCCACUUAAUUAUUUAAUGUUUGAGUGACCAAUUAAGGCUAUAUUUUUUAUUAUAUUUCGAAGCAUCAAGUAAAAGGUGGCUUGAUACCAAUGACUGUCACACUAUCUACAUAUUUCUUUUAACACAAAUUGAAAAAUUUAUAUUGACUUCCUGCAACUUCACAGUUGUGCACUACUUUUUGUUGCUUUAAGAGAUAAAAUCUCAAUAAAUCAUAUAUGAGUUUGGGGUUGUAGCCUGAUAAAAAGAUUAGGGAAAGAGUUGUGAAUACUUUUGGAAAACACUGUAUACCUGCAUGUCUGUCUUUGUUCCAUAUACCAUAAGACUGACCCCACAAAGGUCCUGUUUCUCUUAUGCAUGCUAAUGUAAAAAGAUAUGAAACUCCCUAUUAAAGCACAGUCGGUAGUCGGAGUGGAAUUUAUAAGUCUGACAAAGUCUGCAGGCUAACAAAUAAUGCCUUCAUGUGACAAAGAAACCUUGAUUUAAAGGUUGCUUUAAGAGAUCAUAAUUAGGGACUAGAGGACAGAGGUUGUUUGAAAGAAAUGUCAGUAAAACUACUCACAUAAUCCUGUGUUACUACAAUAAUGCAGUGUUUUAAAAUAAGAGAUUAAGGUUGGAGUUUUGCUGAUCUGCAUUCUGAAAUUGUGCCUGGAUUUCUGCAUAACGCAUUGCAGACAGAGAUUUGACUGACGAAAGCAAUUGAACACACACUGACGUCAAAAGCCUAUGCCCCGUCCCUUCAAACGGAGGUUGUGUGUUUAGGGACGUUCUGUGACUUCAUUCAUUCUGCCUGGUACAACAGCGUACGUACAAAGGCUCCUGCACAGCUAAGCUACUCAGAAUGAUCCCACAGACACAGGACACACAGGGGUGAAAGUUUCCUGAUUUGACAGCUGACUCAGAGGAUUUGAGUGUGAAGUCAAAUGCAUUUAGAGAUUUUUCAGAUUAGUUGGGACUGGUAGCAUGUUUUGGAUUAUAAAAGAGAAAACUAGGGGAUUAUAUGAAGAUGCAAAGAAACAUAUCAUUUGACAUUAAAUAAAUAAUAUAUUAAUAAAUGUAGUGACCUGUUAUUCUUGUUGAGUUUGAUUU